AUGGCUGCAGCCCCCAACUACGACAUAAUGUCCCAGGCUCUGGAGGAUCUGGCGAAUGAGUUAUCCCUUGUCGCGCAGGCCCCAGCUCCCCAACAGCUUCUGGGGAUCCUUCAGCAGCUGCUGCAGGGUCAGCAGCAGCAGAUUCAAGGGCAGCACGAACUACAGCAGCAGCUGGUUCAAGUGCAGCAACAACUACAGCAAGAUAUACAGCAGCUGCGAGAUGAGUUCCAUGCCGAGAGCAGACUACUGCCACUGAGGUUGCUUAAUCUCAAUGCACCAAGGGAUGCUCCGCUUUCCUUCCCAACAAACGUCGUACUCCCUCAACCCCAUGCACAGACAAAGGCGGACUUAUUGCGCUUGACGGACGCCGAGUGUCAAAGCUUGGCUACUGCCCUGGGAAUAGAUCUCUCGGCAGAUGACCUUAUCCUCAUGUGGAGGCAGCAGAUAAUGGACUACCUUGGCUGUGGGGAGACUGCGACGUGA